AUGAAGCUUCAACUCACUGCUAUAAUCGCACUCGCCAUUUCAUCAACUGCUAUUGCGGGGACCAUUCCUGUCGAUCGCAAGAACGACAUCAACGCUCUCCCAAAAAGAGCUUCCAAGAACGACAAAGAAACCACCAAACGAUUUUUCAUCCCGCAUCCUCUCCCAAGCCCCCUCCCCAACCCCGAUCCCAACUACAUCCCACGAAAAUACCCAUGCAUUCUCAAUGACCAUGGUGUUCUCCGCAUCAUUUCUGACACAGAAGAUUUCUACAAAUAUACCAAGAAGGUCCCCAGAAGUCCAGUUGUGGUUUCAGUCAACGAUCCACUUUUCACCAACCCCGACGGGAUUAUAUUCUGUGUCAUUCCUGAUAAUACCACUUGCUUACGCCCUAUCGUGGACGCUGUUCCUCCUUUUUGCAAACCGAGAAAUCUCUCUCCUGGUGUCCGGCAACCAAGUGCCUACGGAAUCCACAAGAGAGCUGCUCAUAUCGGUGGUCCUGACGUUAAAUCUAGGACGGUGAUCGAAGAUAGGGAGGCGAAAAAGAAGAAGAAGUUUGGAGGGGGCGGUGGCGGUGGCGGGCAUUCGGGGGAUUCUGAAGACAAGGAGAAGGAAAGAAAGAAGGAGGAGGAGGAGAAGGAAGAAGAGGAAAGACGCAGAAGGGAGCACGAGUUCCAAAAAAGGCUCCAUAAGCUGAGGAGAUGUAGACACAGAGACUAA